UCUCUCUCUCUCUCUCUCUCUCUCUUGCUGUGCAAAAGACCCAAAAAGUUGGCAGCUGGUGCCCUCAUGAAGGAAACGCUGAGAUACCUUGCAGGAAUUGCAGGCCCAAGUGGCUAUGGCUCCAACUCCACCGCCGAAGAAGUCACAGAGGAUUGCUCCUCCUUUCUCCCUUCCCAACUCACUGCUAUUGUCACUGGGGCGACGUCCGGGAUCGGAGCUGAGACGGCGAGAGUGUUAGCGAAGAGAGGAGUGAGGAUUGUGAUUCCGGCGAGGGAUCUGAGGAGGGCAGGUGCAGUGAAGGAGGCAAUUCAGAAGGAGAGUCCAGAGGCUGAGAUUAUUUUGUUGGAGACUGAUUUGAGUUGUUUGACUUCUGUCAAGAGAUUUUGUGCUGACUUCUUAUCACUAGGAUUACCCCUUAACAUUCUCAUAAACAAUGCUGGAAUAUUCUCUCAGAAUUUGGAGUUCUCUGAAGACAAAAUUGAGAUGACAUUUGCUACAAAUUACUUAGGACAUUUUUUGUUAACAGAAAUGCUGUUAGAGAGAAUGGUAGAAACAGCAGCCAAUACAGGCAUCCAAGGAAGAAUAAUAAAUGUUACUUCUGUGAUUCACAGCUGGGUCAAGAAUGCAUUAUCCUUCAAUCAAAUGCUCAAUCCAAAGAAUUACAAUGGCACUCGAGCAUAUGCUCAAUCAAAGUUGGCAAACAUAUUACAUGUCAAGGAAAUGGCAAGACAGUUGAAGGCAAGGAAUGCAAGAGUGACUAUCAAUGCAGUCCAUCCGGGCAUUGUGAAGACCGGAAUUAUUAGAGCUCAUAAGGGCUUUGUAACAGAUUCUUUGUUCUUCAUUGCAUCCAAAUUACUGAAGUCAACAUCUCAGGGUGCAUCUACCACAUGCCUUGUUGCUCUCAGCCCACAAAUGGAAGGGGUGACAGGGAGAUACUUUGCAGACUGUAAUGAGAGCAACUGCUCAAAUCUAGCAAAUGAUGAAUCUGAAGCACAAAACCUAUUUAAACGCACUUGUGCUCUGAUUUACAAGCGAUUAGGUCAACCAUCUAAAGAUGUAUCUUCUUUUGUAAAUAUAGAGACUUAGGACUCAUGUAUGGUGUAUAUAGGCUUAUGUAUUUAGAAGUGCAGAAGGCAUCAGAGAAGCCAACUCUAUGGUGACCUAAAAAUACAUGACAAUAAAGGGGCUUGAGAACUAUUCCUUUCUCAGCACCUCUACAGGCUGUAUGUAGCCUUCCAGUUCUAGGCUAAUUUAAUAACAAAACAUCACGAUUUCACAAA